CGUCGGCGGUACCCUCCAGUCGUGUCGCGACCGCCGAAGCGCGAACGCCGGUUCCUCCUGCACAGCGAAAUCGACAUCUCACCCCCCCAUUCUCGUGUGAAACGCGCGCGCGUCUUCGUUCCUCGUUCCGGUUGCCGAAGAGUGACGAGAUGGCCUGCAACAGAGCCGCCAAAUCCGGAUUCGCUGCCGAGGCGCAGAGAAAGAUCAAUAGCAAGUAUAGCGAGGAGCUGGCGCAGGAAUGUUUGGAAUGGAUCAAAACGAUCACAGGCGAGGACAUUAACACCAACGGAGACAUGGACAACUUCUUCGAGAUCUUGAAAGACGGUGUCCUGCUUUGCAGGCUGGUGAACGACAUUAAAGAGGGCUCAGUGAAAAAGAUCAACAAGACGUCGCUGGCGUUCAAGUGCAUGGAGAACAUAAACGCCUUUUUGGAGGCUGCGAAGGCGCUGGGUGUUCCGGCGCAAGAGACCUUCCAGACGGUGGAUCUCUGGGAGAGGCAGAAUCUAAAUUCCGUUGUUAUUUGCCUACAAUCUCUUGGAAGAAAGGCGGGUAAUUACGGAAAACCAAGCAUCGGUCCGAAAGAAGCGGAUAAGAACGUACGUAACUUCUCGGAGGAGCAGUUGAGGGCCGGACAGGGCGUGAUAAGUCUACAAUACGGCAGCAAUAAGGGCGCCAAUCAGAGCGGCAUUAAUUUUGGCAACACCAGACAUAUGUAAACAUCCACUUUCGCAUUCCCGGGGGAGACAAAAUCACUCUUUUCUCACCCGUUCUGACUUCGUUCCCGUGACAAGUACUCUUUUUAGAUGUAGCGUACAUCGCAUAAUAAAUGUUCAUCGAGGUCCAAAACAUAUACAAAUGUGCUAAAUUGUGCAUAGGAUAUCGCUACGAGAGCAGGAGAAGGCGAGAACGUGCACAAAUGUUAGAUUCUCUAAAUAGCAAAGUGAUAUAAGACGUAAUUUAAGACAAAAAGAAAUGUCUCCUAAUCCUCUUGGGUAAGAAUAAUUUUUCAAAUCUUUGCAUUAUUUAUUUUUUUAUAGUCCUCCUAUAUCUUUUUGAUAUCGCAUCCUUUACUUCUAUAUCUCCGAAAGGAAAUUUUCCUGGAGAAAAUUCAAGCUAUCUCUCGAUCCAAAUUUAUUGGAGUCGUUUUUCUGUUACAUCGAUUCCAGUAAAUUUCCAUUAGAGAAUUUCCGUGCAUCCGCUUAAAGUAAAUCAUAUGAAUUUCAUGCAAGCCGUUUAACGCGUAACUUUCGGUUAUUCUCCCAUUGUUUGUACCUCGAACCUGUUGCAUAAUUAUUCAGAAUAAACGUACGAUGUCAUACUUGGCCUAAGUAUGAUGAAGCGAGUAUACUCAAACGAGUACGUAUAGUAUUUCAUAUUUCAUUUCCUGGUUAUGCGACAACUCAAAUCCUUUUAUGUGUGUAAUACGCAACUUACGCGUAAGUUAAUGUAUUUCAUGAUCUACAACUGCGUAGCUCUCAGGAUAGACAGCUAUCCCUCUGUAUUGUACAUUAAAAACAAAAGAACAAAGACACCGUGUGUGAUUAACAGUAGUUUGAACAGCCGCUAUAAUGUUUGUUGAAUAUUAUGAAGUAUAUUGUAUCAACGGGAGGAAAGCCACUGACUUUGGCUAACCGCCGUUGCCGUUGCGGUCGACUACCCCCUUCACGUUACAGUGUAACUAAAUAUGAUCUUACAAAUUCAUGUUGCACGUGAGAUAAAAAAAUUAUAAUUAUUAUAUAUGUAAUGAUGAAUGAUAUAUAAUUAUAUAUUAAGUAUUUUGUACAAAUAUAUAUUGAUGGUUAGAAGAAAUUAUAAUUUUUCAUAAUGUACUGAUGGUAUGAGUUAAUAAAUGAUGCAUCAACAAG